AUGCUCGUGCCUCAGCUGCUGCUGCUGCUGUCCUUUGGGGCACCACUGCUCAGCGCUGGUCUGAACACCACCUCCUUUGAGCACCCAGGCCUCCAGAGGCUGAAGGACUCCCCACAGACAGCUCCAGACAGGGGCUGGUGCUCUACAUGGGGGGCCGGCCACUUCUCCACCUUUGAUGGACACAUGUAUGACUUUGCGGGAACCUGCAACUACAUCUUCGCGGCCAUCUGCAAGGAUGCCUCGGCCACCUUCAGCAUCCAGCUACGGCGAGGACCCAGUGGGAACAUUUCCCGGAUCAUCGUGGAGCUGGGGGCCUCUGUGGUCACUGUGCAGAAGGCGGUCAUCUCCAUCAAGGACGUAGGGGUUGUCAGCCUGCCCUACACCAGCAACGGACUCCAGAUCACACCCUUCGGCCAGAGCGUGCGGCUGGUAGCCAAGCAGCUGGAGCUGGAACUGGUGGUCAUGUGGGGCCCAGGCGCCUACCUCAUGGUCCUGGUGGAGAAGAAGUACAUGGGCAGGAUGUGCGGGCUGUGCGGCAACUUCGACGGCGAGAAGACCAACGAGUUUGUGAGCGAGAACGGCAAACUCCUGGAACCCCACAAGUACGCCGCCCUCCAGAAGCUGGAUGACCCCAACGAGAUCUGUGCCUACGAGGCCAUCCCCCGCCCCCAGGUCCUGCAGGCAGAGCAUGCCCAGACUUGCAGCCAGUUGCUGACCCUGGUGUCCUCCGAGUGCAACGUGCCCAAGGAGCCAUUCGUGUUGAGCUGCCAGGCGGACAUGGCCACAUGCGCCCAGCCAGGCCAGCAGAACUGCAGCUGUGCCACACUGUCUGAGUACUCACGCCAGUGCAGCAUGGCUGGCCAGCCUGUCAACAGCUGGCGGGGGCCUAGCCUCUGCUCUGUGGGCCAGUGCCCAGCUAACCAGGUGUACCAGGAGUGCGGCGAGGCCUGCGUCAAGACCUGCUCCAACCCACAGCACAGCUGCUCCAGCUUCUGCACCUUUGGCUGCUUCUGCCCAGAAGGUAUGGUUCUUGAUGACACCUCCAAAAACUACACCUGUGUGCCGGUCACCCAGUGCCCCUGCAAGCUCAGUGGGGUGGCCUACGCCCCCGGGGAGGUCACCAUAGCCGCCUGCCAGACUUGUCAGUGCACCAUGGGCCACUGGGAGUGCUCAGAGCGGUCCUGCCCGCGAAGCUGCUCCCUGGAAGGCGGCUCCUUCGUCACCACAUUCGACGCCAGGCACUACCGCUUCCACGGCACCUGCACCUACAUCCUCGUGCAGAGCCCUGAGCUCCCUGAUGGAGGCUCCCUCAUGGCCACAUAUGACAAGUCUGGGUACUCACACUCUGAGACCUCCCUGGUCGCUGUCAUCUACAUGUCCAGCCAGGACAAAAUCGUGAUUUCUCAGGACGAGGUGAUCACCAACAAUGGAGACACCAAGUGGCUGCCGUACAAGACUCGCAAUAUCACAGUCUUCAGGCAGACGUCCACCCACCUGCAGAUGGCCACCACCUUCGGGCUGGAGCUGCUAAUUCAGCUACAGCCUGUGUUCCAGGUGUACAUCACUGUCGGGCCCCAAUUCAGAGGCCAGACCCGAGGGCUCUGUGGCAACUUCAACGGGGACACGACAGACGACUUCACAACCAGCAUGGGCAUCGCCGAGGGCACCGCCUCACUCUUUGUGGACUCCUGGCGGGCUGGGAACUGCCCGGCCGCGCUGGAGCGCGAGACCGACCCCUGCUCCAUGAGCCAGCUCAACAAGGUGUGUGCGGAGACCCACUGCUCGGUGCUGGUGAAGACGGACACAGUGUUCGAGAAGUGCCACACCACGGUGGACCCCAAGCCCUUCUACAAGAGGUGCGUGUACGAGGCCUGCAACUACGAGGAGACCUUCCCGCACAUCUGUGCCGCCCUGGGUGACUACGCCCACACGUGCGCCUCGCGGGGCGUCUUGCUCUGGGGCUGGAGAAGCAGCGUGGACAACUGCACCAUUCCCUGCACGGGCAACCAGACGUUCAGCUACGACAGCCAGGCCUGCAACCGCACGUGCCUGUCGUUAUCCGAUCACACGGCCGAGUGUCACCCCAGCGCCAUGCCCGUGGACGGCUGCAACUGCCCCGAGGGCACCUACCUGAACCACAAGGCCGAGUGUGUGCGCAAGGCCCAGUGCCCCUGCCUCCUGGACAACUACAAGUUCAUCCUGGCCGACCAGUCCACCAUGGUCAACGGCAUCAUCUGCUACUGCAUCAACGGACGGCUGAAGUGCCCAGGGCGUUCGCUGACACUCUUGGAAUCCUGCUCGGCCCCCAAGACAUUCCAGGCCUGCAGCCAGUCCUCGGAGAACAAGUUUGGGGCAGCCUGUGCCCCCACGUGUCAGAUGCUGGCCACUGGCAUCCCCUGCGUGCCCACCAAGUGCGAACCCGGCUGUGUCUGUGCCGAGGGCCUCUAUGAGGACGCCAAUGGGCAGUGUGUGCCCCCGGAGGAGUGCCCGUGUGAGUUUGCGGGGGUCUCCUACCCCCUGGGUGCCGAGCUCAACACGGACUGUAAGACCUGUACCUGCUCGAGGGGGAAGUGGACAUGCCAGCAGAGUGCCCAGUGUUCGUCCACCUGCACCCUCUACGGGGAGGGCCACAUGGUCACCUUUGACGGGCAGCGCUUCGUGUUCGACGGCGACUGCGAGUACAUCCUGGCCACGGAUGGCUGUGGCGCCAAUGACUCACAGCCCACCUUCAAGAUCCUGACGGAGAAUGUGGUGUGCGGGAAGUUGGGCGUCACCUGCUCCCGGGCCAUCAAGAUCUUCCUGGGGGGCCUGUCCAUUGUGCUGGAGGACAAGAACUACACGGUCAGUGGGGAGGAGGACCCCCAUGUGCACUUCCGGGUGAAGGCCAGCUCCCUGAACCUGAUGCUGGACGUCACCAUCAGCAGCAAGUAUAAUCUGACCCUCAUCUGGAACAAGCACAUGACUGUCUUCAUCAAGAUCGCACGCGCCUCCCAGGACGCUCUCUGCGGCUUGUGUGGCAACUACAACGGGAACAUGAAGGACGACUUUGAGACACGCAGUAAGUACGUGGCGUCCAGUGAGCUGGAGUUUGUGAACUCGUGGAAGGAGAACCCGCUGUGUGGGGACGCCACCUUCGCGGUGGACCCCUGCAGUCUCAACACCUUCCGCCGCUCCUGGGCUGAGCGCAAGUGCAGCAUCAUCAACAGCCAGACCUUCGCCGCCUGCCACAACCAGGUGUACCACCUGCCUUACUAUGAGGCCUGCGUGAGUGACACAUGCGCGUGUGACACCGGAGGGGACUGCGAGUGCCUGUGCGAUGCUGUGGCCGCCUACGCCAAGGCCUGCCUGGACAAGGGCGUGUGCGUGGACUGGAGAGCCCCCGACUUUUGCCCCGUCUACUGCGACUUCUACAAUACCCACACGCAGGUGGGCAGCGGCGAGUACCAGUACACCCAGGAAGCCAACUGCACGUGGCACUACCAGCCGUGCCUCUGCCCAGGGUGGCCACAGAGCAUCCCAGACAACAUUGAAGGCUGCUACAACUGCUCCCAGGACGAGUACUUCGACCACGACGAGGGGACGUGCCUGCCAUGCAUGCCGCCGACCACGACGUCUCCACCGCCCACUACAGGUUCACCCUCCACAGGAACCAGGACCACCACGGCCACCCCCAGCACCACGGAGACCCCCAGGAUCACUGGGCUCCUCAGCUCCACCGGACCCUCACCAAGCUCCCCAGCCACACCUGUGGCCCCCACCCAGACCUCUCGCCUUCCGGCCACAGCCACAGCCCCCACCUCCACACAGGCAGCAACAGCCCCAACCACCCAGACAGAACCAACAGUCUCCUCGGGUGUGUCACCUCGAACUACCUCUGCUGUCACCACGCGGGCCACAUCAGCGACAGCACCCACAGCCACUCCCAGGUCAACGUCCACAGGACCCACUGUGACCCAUGCGACGACACAGCACACAGCAUCGCCCCUCAGCACAACCACGCAAUCCACAGCUCAGUACACAGUGCGCACCACAGCAGCACCAGCAAGCCCAGCAACACCAGGGACCUCCAAGGGACCCCCAACAACGACAGCUUCGGAGCUCCGAUCCACCACGGCUGCCUCCUCCCCAGCAUUCUCCACAACCGAAUGGACCCGGAGCACAGCUGUCAGCCAGGACACAAAGCACACUGACAGCCCGCCAAACGCUCAUACCACCACAACUACUACCACAGCCCCUUUGCCGACACCCAGGUUCACACCUAGUACCCACGUCCCCUCCACCUUGUCUUCUCUUUCUACCACUUCACAGUCUACCUCUCUCACCACGCAACCUUCCACUGCUCCCCUCAUGUCAUCCACCUUGGGAGUUACACCCAUCCCGAGUUCCCCAGCCACCAACCUCACCACUCGACAGCCCAGUACCACUAGCCUGCUGCGUACUGUCUUCCUGACCAGCUCUUUCACUGUGCAUGGAAGCUCUUCCUUUCCCACUGAGGCGUCCUUCUCCACCAGGGCCCCUUCCGUCUCUUCUCUCAUCACAUCUCCCCCCAUCUCUCCCGGAGUCUGCAGCGUGAGGGAGCUCGAGGAGGAGGUCACUUACCAGGGAUGCAAAGCCAACGUGACAGUGACCCGCUGCGAGGGCUUCUGUGCCUCCUCGGCCAGCUUCAACACUGACACCAAGCAAGUGGACACGCACUGUAGCUGCUGCCAUCCCGUUGGCUCCUAUGAGAAGCAGGUGGUGCUGCCCUGCCCAGAUCCUGGAGCGCAGGGACAGCAGCUGGUGCUCACGCUACAGGUGUUCAGCAGCUGUGCGUGCCAGCCCCAGCACUGCGAAGACUAGAGGCCCGGCCCCCAGUGGGUGAGGACGAAGCACUGCUCCUGACACCUCCCCCGGCCGGCAGCCCCUUUCCUGGCCAUAGGCCCAGCCUCAGACACAGCUCACUGGGGCACCUGCCAGGAGAGGGGCUGCCAGACAGAAGUCCCGCAGCCCCUGACCAGGCCCAGUGGGUUACACAGGGGCACUUCCGGCCACGCCCAUCAAUUGUCUGCACAGCCUCCAGGCUUUGAGGGCAGCUGCCUGGCACUGCCCGAACCGAACCCUGGAGAUGGCCCAAGGAGCAGAUGCCAGGGUGAGCGUGGCCAGGAAGGUCACUCCACAGGGAACACCUUGGGGAGGUGCGGACGGGUCAUGAGGCUGGCAGCACCAGGCAGGAAUGGGCGGGGAAGAGGCAUAGGUCAGCAGCAAAGACGGCAGCGAGCAGAGGAACCACACAGUCAGGGAAGGGAGAGUGACGCAGGGCCAGAGGGCAGACGCAGGUGCCGGCCAGCAGCAACACCCACUCGCCAGCCGAGCUCAGCCUGGGAAGGGGGUGUCACACCUGUGUGCACAAUAAGCUCACCGUGAACAGAUGACAAAUAAACUGGCGCUGGUCAA